ACAAAAAUUCCAUAUUUAAUAAGUAAACUAGAAUUUUUUCUCUUCGAUGAAAGUGAAAUUUUAACCGUACUUUUGUUCGAAUCGACUCGUGUUUGCAGUCUACGUAUCGCGAGCAGCUUAAGAAUCCAGACAAGAAUAAAUAAAUAACAAAAAACAAGAUAAAACGCGAUAAUAUUAAUAAGUUUUUGCAAAAGAAUCUCCACACAAAUCGUAAACAGUACACAUUUUAUACGAAACAUUUGCUCGGCAGUGGCUUUGAAAAGUUAUAAAAAUAAGCAGCAAUCGAUUGCAAAAUGGCAUUCAAGUGGGAACUUCAGACGAUUAAAAUGGUCUCCAUUUUCUACGAUGGAUUAUAUAUGAUAUGCGGAUUAAUUGCGAUAAUUCUCGGUGCAAAAGUGAUUGGCAGCCUUAACAACCCACAAGUUAGUCCACAAUCGACAGUUUAUGCAUUGGCAGUUGCCUUAAUUAUCUUUGGGUUCAUAAUUUUCUUGGUAGCAGCGAUCGGGUCAUUUUCCGUGAUACGAGAUUCGGAAAAGGGCCUGAUUGUCUUUGGAAUUGCCCUUGGUGCCUUAAUUAUCUUGAAAAUAAUUGUCGCGAUAAUUGUUCUUGCAUUCAUAAAUGACGCAGUUGCCGUGAGCAAAAAUGAGAUUGCAAAGACUUUCAACCAAGGAGAAGCGGGACGAGAUGAAAUUGAUAAUAUUCAGAGAUCGUAUGAAUGCUGUGGAUUAACAGGAACAAACUUUUUUGUCGACAGCGAGGGAUAUUUGCCCAAAACUUGUUGCAGUGACGAAGGAAACGAUUGUCAUGUAAAUCGAUCCUACAAAAUUGGAUGUUCAGAAAAAGUUGCUUCCGUAAUUGAGGGAAUGGGCACCACAAUUGGUCUCGUUUUAUUUGGAAUUGCAUUUUUUGAGAUCGCUGGACUCAUAUUGAGUGUUUGUCUAAAAAACAGUUGGAAAAAUGAGAUUCGACGAGAAGAAUUUUCAUCCGCCUAAAAAAAAGUACUUUUUACGAACAAUCUGCCUUUACAAUGUGAUCAAAAUUAUUGUAUGUAAAUAGCUUUUAACAAUUUUACGACUACUAUUGAUAACCGCAAUUUUAGCACGUGCACGAUUAGAUUCUUAAAUAUCGUUCAGAACGUGCGUGUUUUAAAUAGUGUUUGUUUUCCUAACAGAUUACUCGAAUAAUUCUCGCAAAAUUAGUCAAGAUUCAUCGUUUUGCGUGAUGCCGAUGGCAAAAUAAUUACCCUUUUUUGAAGCAUUUUGACGCACAUUUAUAAUCAAAAUUCUUAUGAGAACAACAUUCUGGGUUGUUCAACGCCUCUCAAUAUUUAUAAAUAAUAAUUAAUAGUAAUUGAUUAGAAACACGUUUAAAUGUGCAUUUUAAAGAUUUUAAUAAAUUAGGACGA